AUAUAAACUCCACCUUUUCUGAUUUCCCCCUAUUCUUCUCCACACUCCACCAGUCCACCCAGUAGUACCCCACAACACUCCAGAACUCAAUCCACCAACUAACUCCAAUGGCGGAAAACUCCACCCAAAUCGAUGGCAACAUUCUCAUCGCAAAAACCCUCGCCCAUUCCGGCGUAACCCACAUGUUCGGCGUCGUCGGGAUCCCCGUUACCUCCGUCGCAACCCGCGCUGUUUCCGAGGGUAUCCGUUUCAUCGCCUUUCACAACGAGCAAUCCGCCGGUUACGCCGCCUCCUCCUACGGUUACCUCACUGGAAAACCCGGAAUCCUUCUCACUGUCUCCGGCCCAGGUUGCGUCCACGGGCUUGCCGGGCUCUCCAACGCCGCCAUCAACACCUGGCCCAUGGUUCUCAUCUCGGGCUCCUCCGAUCAACGUGAUUCCGGCAAGGGAGACUUCCAGGAGCUUGAUCAAAUGUCUGCUGUUAAACCCUUCUCCAAAUUCUCCGCCAAACCCACCUCCAUUUCGGAAGUUCCGGUUUCGAUUCUCCGUGUUCUGAACCGGGCAGUUUCCGGCCGUCCAGGUGGGUGUUACUUGGACCUCCCCACGGAUGUCCUACACCAGACUGUGUCGGCGGCUGAAGCGGACGAUCUCAUAUCCAAAGCAGAGGAACUAGUGCGAAAAGAGCAAGAAGAAUCGGAUUCAGACAAAUUGAUGCCCAAUUCCGAAGUCGAACAGGCGGUGUCUGCUCUGAGGGGCGCGCAAAGGCCGUUGAUCGUGUACGGAAAAGGGGCGGCUUAUGCCAGGGCGGAGGAUGAGCUGAAGAAGUUCGUGGAAAGCACAGGGAUACCAUUUUUGCCUACUCCAAUGGGUAAGGGUUUGAUUUCAGACACUCAUGAAUUGGCAGCAACUGCCGCAAGAUCGCUUGCAAUUGGCCAAUGUGAUGUUGUUCUUGUUGUUGGGGCAAGGCUAAACUGGUUGCUUCAUUUUGGGGAACCCCCAAAAUGGGCUAAGGAUGUGAAGUUCAUAUUGGUUGAUGUUUGUAAAGAGGAAAUUGAGCUAAGGAAACCUUAUUUAGGGUUAGUUGGGGAUGCUAAAAAGGUGGUGGGUUUGAUUAAUAACGUGAUCAAGGAUGACCCCUUUUGUUUAGGGAGGAAUCAUCCUUGGGUGGAGGCGAUUUCAAAGAAGGCCAAGGACAAUGUGUCUAGGAUGGAGGUUCAAUUGGCUAAGGAUGUUGUGCCCUUUAAUUUCUUCACUCCUUUGAGGAUAAUUAGGGAUGCUAUUCUUGGGGUGGGAAGUCCUGCACCUGUGUUGGUAUCUGAAGGGGCGAAUACAAUGGAUGUUGGACGAGCUGUGUUGCUUCAGACGGAGCCUAGGACGAGGUUAGAUGCCGGUACUUGGGGAACCAUGGGAGUUGGUUUAGGUUACUGUAUAGCGGCCGCAGUGGCUUGCCCUGAACGCUUGGUGGUUGCUGUUGAAGGAGAUUCUGGUUUCGGGUUUAGUGCUAUGGAAGUAGAGACUGUAGUUCGAUAUCAGUUACCUGUUAUAGUUAUAGUCUUCAACAACAAUGGUGUAUAUGGUGGUGAUCGUAGAAGUCCCGAAGAGGUCACAGGUCCGCAUAGAGAUGAUCCUGCACCAACUUCUUUUGUCCCAGAGGCAAAAUACCACGUCUUAAUUGAAGCUUUUGGAGGGAAAGGUUAUCUUGUCAAGAAUCCGGAUGAACUGAAGUCAGCCUUGGAUGAAUCUUUUGCAGCGAAAAAGCCUGCUGUUAUAAAUGUCAUAAUUGAUCCUUAUGCUGGUGCUGAAAGUGGGAGGAUGCAGCACAAAAACUGAGGUAUGAACAAUUGUUGAAUGGUAACACUGCAACCUUCUUUGUUCUUACUUCUUAGUGUAAGUAGUGUGAGCUUAUUGUGUGGAAUACCUCGGGCAGUUGAGCAUCCAUUGCCCUUUCGAUUGAUCCAAAGGGAUGCAUAUCGCGAAGCUUUGUUUGUAAUAAGUUGUUACAGGAAGUAUAAAAUAUGUGCUAUUUGUUUCUACUAAUUGAAGUUGGAAUGUAUACUAAUGUACACUAGAAUACAUCAGUCAAGCCGAGAGCUUGCACAUAGAAAGGAUGUUGAACCAGAUACUUGUAUUCAUUCUAUGAUUAGGGCCAAUCUCUAUAAUUCUGGCUAUUUCCCUUCA